CUCGAUUGGGCGGCCGAGGGGGAGGAGGCGGGGCGUGGCCGGCCGGGCCGCACGACCCUGCGGCCGCGCAGCGGAGGGCGCGCUUGACUGACAGGCGGCGGUGGCGCGGUUGAGACGGCAGGUUCCCUGCUGGAGGCCAGCCCUCACCCCAGUGCUCUGCAACCCACCACUGUGGACUGUUUCCAGAGAAUGCAGAUGUUGGCUGCUUCCUGGGGCUGUCACUUUACACAGAGGUGAGCCCAGGCCAGCAUGGGGGACUCCAGGGAAAUUUGCCCUCAUCUUGACUCAAUAGGGGAGGUGACCAAAGAGGACUUGCUGCUCAAAUCCAAGGGCACCUGUCAAUCAUGUGGCGUUGCUGGACCGAACCUGUGGGCCUGCCUCCAGGUCGCCUGCCCCUACGUUGGCUGCGGAGAAUCCUACGCUGACCACAGCACCAUUCACGCGCAGGUGAAAAAGCACAACCUGACAGUGAACCUGACCACGUUCCGGGUGUGGUGUUACGCCUGUGAGAAGGAGGUGUUCCUGGAGCAACGGCUGGCGGCCCAUCCCCCUGGCCCCCCACCCAAGUUCUCGGAGCAGGACUCUCCACCGCCCUCCCACCCUCUGAAAGCCGUUCCUAUCGCUGUGGCUGAUGAAGGAGAGUCUGAGUCAGAGGACGAUGACCUCAAACCUCGAGGCCUCACGGGCAUGAAGAACCUGGGCAACUCAUGCUACAUGAACGCGGCCCUGCAGGCCCUGUCCAACUGCCCUCCGCUGACCCAGUUCUUCUUGGAGUGUGGAGGCCUGGUGCGCACAGACAAGAAGCCCGCCCUGUGCAAAAGUUACCAGAAGCUGGUGUCUGAGGUCUGGCACAGGAAGCGCCCCAGCUACGUGGUUCCCACCAGCCUGUCCCAUGGGAUCAAGUUGGUCAACCCGAUGUUUCGAGGCUAUGCUCAGCAGGACACCCAGGAGUUCCUGCGCUGCCUCAUGGACCAGCUGCACGAGGAGCUCAAGGAGCCGGUCGUGGCGGCCGUGGCGCUGACUGAGGCUCGGGACUCGGACUCGAGCGACACAGAUGAGAAGCGGGAGGGUGACCGGAGCCCGUCAGAGGACGAGUUCCUGUCCUGCGACUCCAGCAGCGACCGCGGUGAGGGGGAGGCGCAGGGCCGCGGCAGGGGCGGCUCGCAGGCCGAGGCGGAGCUGCUGAUGGCGGAGGAGGCAGGCCGCGCCAUCUCCGAGAAGGAGCGGAUGAAGGACCGCAAGUUCUCCUGGGGCCAGCAGCGCACGAACUCGGAGCAGGUGGACGAGGACGCCGACGUGGACACCGCCAUGGCCGCCCUGGACCAGCUGUCCCCGGAGACGCAGCCCCCGUCACCGCGGUCCCACGGUCCCCCUCUGCCCCCAGAGCCGGACAACGAGGCCCACAUGCGCAGCGCCUCUCGUCCCUGCAGCCCCGUCCACCACCACGAGGGCCACGCCAAGCUGCCCAGCAGCCCUCCACGCGCGAGCCCCGUCAGGAUGGGGCCGUCCUACGUGCUCAAGAAAGCCCAGGUACCGAGCGCCGGCAGCCGCAGACGGAAGGAGCAGCGCUACCGCAGCGUCAUCUCAGACAUCUUCGACGGCUCCAUCCUCAGCCUCGUGCAGUGUCUCACCUGUGACCGGGUGUCCACCACAGUGGAGACGUUCCAGGACCUUUCGCUGCCCAUUCCUGGCAAGGAGGACCUGGCCAAGCUCCAUUCGGCCAUCUACCAGAACGUGCCGGCCAAGCCAGGCACCUGUGGGGACACCUACGCCGCCCAGGGCUGGCUUGCCUUUAUCGUGGAGUAUAUCCGACGGUUCGUGGUAUCCUGUACCCCCAGCUGGUUUUGGGGGCCAGUCGUCACCCUGGAAGACUGCCUCGCUGCCUUCUUUGCUGCUGAUGAGCUGAAGGGUGACAACAUGUACAGCUGUGAACGGUGUAAAAAGCUGCGGAAUGGGGUGAAGUACUGUAAGGUCCUGCGGUUGCCCGAGAUCCUGUGCAUUCACCUGAAGCGCUUUCGACACGAGGUGAUGUACUCAUUCAAGAUCAGCAGCCACGUCUCCUUCCCCCUCGAGGGACUUGACCUGCGCCCCUUCCUCGCCAAGGAGUGCACGUCCCAGAUCACCACCUACGACCUCCUCUCGGUCAUCUGCCACCAUGGCACGGCAGGCAGUGGCCACUACAUCGCCUACUGCCAGAACGUGAUCAACGGGCAGUGGUAUGAGUUUGAUGACCAGUAUGUCACCGAGGUCCACGAGACAGUGGUGCAGAAUGCCGAGGCCUACGUGCUCUUCUACAGAAAGAGCAGCGAGGAGGCCAUGCGGGAGCGGCAGCAGGUGGUGUCCCUCGCGGCCAUGCGGGAGCCCAGCCUGCUGCGGUUCUACGUGUCCCGGGAAUGGCUCAACAAGUUCAACACCUUCGCCGAGCCGGGGCCCAUCACCAACCACACCUUCCUCUGCGCCCAUGGAGGCAUCCCGCCCAACAAAUACCACUACAUUGAUGACCUGGUGGUGAUCCUGCCCCAGAACGUGUGGGAGCACCUCUACAACAGGUUUGGGGGUGGCCCUGCCGUGAACCAUCUGUACGUGUGCUCCAUCUGCCAGGUGGAGAUUGAGGCGCUGGCCAAGCGCAGGCGGAUUGAGAUCGACACCUUCAUUAAGCUGAACAAGGCGUUCCAGGCGGAGGAGUCACCCAGCGUCAUCUACUGCAUCAGCAUGCAGUGGUUCCGGGAGUGGGAGGCCUUUGUCAAGGGGAAGGACAAUGAGCCCCCUGGGCCCAUUGACAACAGCAAGAUCGCACAGGUCAAAGGAAGCGGCCACAUCCAGCUGAAGCCGGGCGCUGACUACGGGCAGAUUUCAGAGGAGACCUGGGUGUACCUGAACAGCCUGUACGGCGGCGGCCCCGAGAUCGCCAUCCGACAGAGUGUGGCCCAGCCCCAGGACUCAGACAGCUUACACGGGGAGCAGAAGAUUGAAGCCGAGACCCGGGCCGUGUGACUCAGUGGGCCAGUCUGCCCCACCUUUGCGCUCCUCCCUGCGGAGGGGGAGUUUGUACCCAGAAGAGAGGCCGGCCGCUUCGGAAACCCAGAUGUGUAAAGAGGCAGAAAAGUUCUUUUGGUUCACAGUGAGUAACGCUGCCGCUGGGAAAUAGAUCCACUUCAGGCUUGUUUAAACAACCAAGGCUCUGCAACAUUAACUCGGGUCUCCGUCCCAGCAGUGCUCUCACGUCACUGCGUCGUUGUGUCCCCAAAACAUGCCCGCUCGCCAGCUCAGGCCUCCCUAUUGUCCCUGGAGCUCUCAGUCAGGGGCCAUGGCCUUGGGACAGACGGUCCGGGAGGGGCUGCCGCUUCCCAGGCUGGGCGCCUGGUCCAGCACCCACUGCGGGUGAAUGGUCAGCGCUGGCGGGCAGGGCGCCGGGCACUUGGCAGGGAGGGUACAGCCGCUUGUCACUGAAGCCCGUUCCUCAUGAGGCCCUGCUUCGCCUGUGCACCUCCUGGUUGGCACAGGAGUUUCCUGAGUCCUGGGCUGCUCUCAGCAUUUUUCCUGCAGACUAAUAACCCAGACUUAUUGGCGAUGGGGACCCCAGGCCGGGGUUGGCUUUCUGUUGAUGGUGACUGUUUCUGGGUCCCCUCGCACCCUGUGCUGCUGAGCUGGCCCGGUGGAUUGGCUGUAACUUCCCCUGCCAGGGACCCAGAGAAUGAAGCAGAAACACCUCGCGUUGCUGUCAUUUGCUGCUAAGACAGCUUCCCUGGGGGCUGACGCUAGAGCAGACAUACCCCACUUUCUCCUCAUCACUGCUGAGCUGUGUGGAUUCCCUGGCCCAGGAGGGGCGGCACUGGGGCUGCUCUCACGUGUGGGUCCCGGAAGUGUGUCUUCUGGAUGCUGAGCGAGGCCCCUGCUGGGGCACUGGGACCACGGAGCACAGUGAGGUGGCACUGAAGCCCCUGGAGGAAACAGCAGGGGUCAGGAGAUGCUCACCUUGUCAGGGCCAAAGCGAGUGGGGUGUGGGGAAGGAGUCCCAGGACCAAACUCCCCCACACCGUGGCCUUCAGUCUCCGGAGCAGCAGUGUCGGCCGCAGUCCCCGCGGCGGUUCUGGCGGAGCCCCUGCAGCGCUCACUGCGCGCCCUCACUUCUGUGAUCUUGUUUCACGCGGAUCUGGUUCCUUCCCCGCCGAGGUGGCGCACGAUCAAAGAGCCAGCCGCCAUGGGAGUCUGGACACUUGCCGCCGUCCUUUGGAAGUCGUUGCCACAGCCAGCGGCAACCCCAGCGGCGACCCCAGCGCUGGGCCCGCGGCCACAUGUUGCGCUGUCUGUGACGUGGAGACUCCGCAGUGCGGGCUGUGAUCUCGCCCCGCGCCUGCGCGGUCUGGUGCGUGUUCAGCGUGUGUCGUAAUAAACACAUAUGCGUCCCCACA